AUGGCGAAUUCAAAAAGUACGGCAGGUGAACAUCAAACAGAUGAGGACGUAACUACAGUCCUUACGAAAGGGGUAAUUGAUGAUGAGUACAACCCAAACACCAUGCCCGUAUCUGAACAUUUUGACGAUAUUUACGCGACGGAACCAGUCCUUACGAGCGUUGAAAAUGUUGAAGAAUACAAUGCAUGCAUCAUACCCGUAGCUGAUAAUGUUGACGAUACUUCCACAACAGAACUAGAUGGUUCUAAAUUGCUACGUGUUGAUGAUGCUCAUGAUUAUUCGUUGUCCGCUCUGAGUAAUAUAACACUGAAUUUUGGCACACCUGUAGUGCAACAUGGAAAUGGGCAAGAACCUUUGAAAUUCAGGAUGCUUGAGUCUUUUGAAAACAAUAAGGAUAAUACGACUAACCUACAAGAUGAAAAUGAAGUCUACUGGCACAUUCGCCACGACGACAAUGCAGAAGACAUCGAUGUAUUCCUAAGCGACAUCAUGGGCGAUGAGCCGACAGGUCCCAAUUUGAUGGACGAGGAGUACUACAUGUUUCGCAACCAAGGAUCCAAUAAUGACAGCAUGGAUGAUGAGAGCAAAGCAACCAUGACUGGUGGUAAUCCUAGCGAGAUUGAUCCAUUUGACUUUGUCUACUCAAACAUUCCAGACAACACUCACAUCCUGAAACUCGCCGCAAACUGUGAACACUGCAAGGCCAGAAAAUUUGAGUCUGAGACUAACGGGUUCUGCUGUCGCAAUGGCCAGAUCGAACUUAAGCAACCGGAACCAGUCCCAGAGUUGAUGAGGCUAUGGUCCAGCAUGGAUGCAGAUUCUAGACAUUUUCGGGAGAACAUACGGUUCUUCAACGGGCAUUUUGCCUUCACAACCCUUGGCGUCAGCCUUGACGAAAACUACACAAACAUGAAGUCUGGGGUGUACACAUUCCGGGCACACGGCACCAUCUACCACAAUGUGCAUUCGUUCGGGCCUAGCUCCCGUCCUGAACAUCUGCAGUUGUACUUCUAUGAUGACGACCCAAACCUUAAUCAUCAUAAGGCGGCGACCAAUCAAUUAGACCAGGAUGUCGUGAAGAUGUUAGUAGACAUACUCAAAGAAAACCCAUACUCCCAGCAAUUUAGGAGUUUGGGUGCACACAAGGACAACCUCGAUAAUUAUAGGAUAGACCUAAACACCGAUAAGAGGCUUGACCAAAGAAGAUAUAAUAGACGGCUGUCAACUGAGGUUUCUGCAAUUUGGGUUGAGGGCAGUGACCUAGCCAAAAGGGGGGAGCUAGGUUGGCACCCAAAGCUACCUAAACGUAAUGUUCCAUGGGAGGUUGUACAACAUCCUCAACUGGGCCAUGAUGAUGAGGAGGAUGCAGCAAUGGCGGUCGACAUGUACAUCAAGAUUGAGAGUUGUCGGUUGAGGUGGUACAGGAAGAACCAGACGCAGAUUCGUGCCGACUUGUAUAAAGGAGUUGUUGAUGCGAUCACAUCGGGGGAGACAAGAGCAAGCGCUGUUGGCACCCGAAUAGUUCUCCCUGGAACAUACCCUGGUGGCGACCGCGACAUGAAGAAGAGGCAUAUGGAUGCCAUGGCAAUUGUCCAUACAUACGGGAAGCCUGACAUCUUCUUGACCAUGACUUGCAACCCUAAAUGGGAAGAGAUAACAAAUGAGUUGCUUCCUGGUCAGACGGCGCAAGACCGACCUGAUAUUGUGGCUCGCGUGUUCUACGGCAAACUAGAGGCUAUGAAAUACAUGUUGUUCAAGAAGCAUAUCCUGGGUGUUGUGGUCGCUUACGUUUACGUAGUCGAGUUCCAAAAGAGGGGCCUCCCCCAUGCACAUUUUCUGUUGAUCAUGGAUUCAACAUAUAAGCUUGUCGUCCCGGAGCAGUAUGACCGACUAAUUUCCGCAGAGCUCCCAGACAAGCAGAAGUAUCCGGAAUUGCAUGCAUUGGUGGUAAAACAUAUGAUGCACGGACCCUGCGGUGCUCUCAACCCGAAGAAUGUUUGCAUGCAAGAUAACGAAUGCAAGUGCAGAUACCCGCACCCGUUCAAUGAGAACACAUCACAAGGCAAGGACUCAUACCCAGUUUAUCGGCGUAGAGACGAUGGAAGUUGUGCUAAGGUCCGAGGGAAAAUGUUGGACAACAGAUGGGUUGUGCCUUAUAACCCUUACCUUCUGCGGAUGUUCAAUUGCCACAUCAACGUUGAGGUCUGCUCUAGCAUAAAGGCCGUCAAAUAUCUUUACAAGUACAUUUACAAGGGCCAUGAUAAGGCUUCUUUCAGCAUCGACCAACCCGAUGCCGAUGGUAACAUCGAUGAGAUCAAGAGAUACGUUGACGCAAGGGUUGCAUUCAAUGCGCAGGCUGACUUGAAGAAUGUUGUCGCCUCCGAAAAUGCUUCAAAAUCCAUGUCGCAUCGUGUCUGCCAAUCCCCUGCCGAGGGGGAGCGAUACUACCUGCGUGUGUUGCUAAACCAUGUUACGGGCAAAACAUCCUUCAACGACUUGCUCACCGUGGACGGCGUGCUAUGUGGGAGCUUUAGAGAUGCUGCUGAAAGGUUGGGACUCAUCGAGGCAGACAACACGCUCGACGACUGUCUUACUGAGGCUGAGCAGUGGGCGAUGCCAUGUUGUCUUAGGAGGCUCUUCGCAACCAUCUUGGUACACUGCGAGCCAGGCGACGUGCGCGGUUUAUGGGAUAGGCACCUCGAGCCUAUGUCAGAUGACUAUCGUCGAACACGCACGUCCCCGAACGAGGUGGAGCAGAUGGUGUUGCUUGACAUUAGGGGUAUGCUGCAGUCCAUGGGUAAAGACAUUGUUGAUUUCGCUCUUCCAAGCAUCGAUGAUGCGUUUGACCCAACCGAGAGCGAGGCAAGAGAGGUCAUCGAGGAAUCAACCGUUGAGUUUGACGUGGAUGACACUAAAUUGGCAUCUUCCCUAAACUUGGAGCAGAGGGCCGCAUACGACGAGAUACUAGCGGCUGUUGAACGCGGUGAUGGGGGUGUAUUCUUUGUUGAUGGCCCUGGAGGUACAGGAAAGACCUUCCUAUACAGGGCGAUGCUUGCCAAGGUGACGAGCGGUGGCAAGAUUGGUAUCGCUACCGCGACGUCGGGCGUCACCGCUUCUAUCAUGCCUGGCGGCAGGACUGCCCACUCGAGGUUCAAGAUCCCAUUGAGUUGCGAUGAUGGAGCCUCGUGCAGCUUCACCAAGCAGAGUGGGACCGCCAAGCUGCUAAGGAUGGCCUCAUUGAUAAUAUGGGACAAGGCCAGCAUGACGAAGCGACAAGCGGUCGAGGCAUUGGACAAUAGCAUGCGCGACAUUAUGGGAAUACGCGACCGACCCUUUGGAGGAAAAACUGUUGUUUUUGGUGGGGACUUUACGCAGGUGCUUCCGGUCGUCAGAAGGGGGUCGCGGGGCCAGAUAAUUGAUGCAACCCUCCGAAGUUCUCAUCUAUGGAAGGGUAUGCGGCAGCUUCGGCUCAUCACCAACAUGAGGGCUCAUAAUGACACGUGGUUUGCAGAUUACUUGCUAAGGGUCGGCAAUGGCACUGAGGAUGUCGACGAUCAAGGCAACAUACUACUCCCUGAAGACAUUUGUCUGCCGUCUACAGGCGAGGUUGACGACCUGGAGAAGCUUAUUGACCACGUGUUUCCGAGUCUAGAUGACAACAUGUCUGAUUCGAAUUACAUGACAUCUCGCGCAAUCCUUUCCACGACAAACGACAAUGUCGACAAGAUAAACAUCCGCAUGAUAGAGCGUUUUCAUGGAGAUGAAGUAAUCUACCAUAGCUUUGACAGUGCGGAGGACGACCCAUAUGGCUACUACGCUCAGGAGUUUCUGAAUGGAUUGACUCCUAACGGUCUUCCUCCGCAUGCACUCAAGCUAAAGCUGAACUGCCCUGUCAUACUUCUAAGGAACAUUGAUCCAGCUAAUGGACAGUGUAACGACACUAGGCUUGUUGUUAGAGGUUUUGAGAGGAACACCAUUGAUGCAGAAAUCGUGAUUGGACAACACGCUGGCAGGAGGGUCUUCCUUCCUCGAAUACCUCUCUGCCCAUCUGAAAACGACAUGUUUCUGUUCAAGUUUAAAAGGAAGCAAUUUCCUAUAAGGCUUAGCUUUGCUAUGACCAUUAACAAGGCUCAAGGGCAGACCAUCCCGAUUGUUGGUGUCUACCUACCCAAUCCCGUGUUCUCUCAUGGUCAGCUCUAUGUUCCUCUGUCUCGAGCCACCGCGAAAAGAAAUAUAAAGAUACUCAUUCAGAAGGAGAAGCCGAAGGAGAAGGCCAACAAGCAAAAGGACAAUCCAAAGAAGCGAAAAAGACCGACCGUGUCCUUACUGACGUCAAUGAAGAACAUCGUCUACAAGGAAGUCCUUACAGGCUGA